AUGUACAGGCUCCAAGCCCCCGGCGGCGGGCAGCCUCCUACCGAACAACCAUGGAUGGGAGCGCAACAUCCUACUCAGCAACCAUGGGCGGGAGCGCAACCUCCUCCUCAGCAACCAUGGAUGGGAGCGCAACCUUCCUAUCAUGCUCCCCAGCAUGCUCCUACGGGACCGAGGGCCAUGCGACAGUUCUACGGCCAGUACCCAAGCCAAAACAACCCACUCGGCGCAUAUCCGUCGCACGAAAGCUACGUUCCCUCGCCCUGGGGUGAUCCUCAGCUCGGUCGAGGAUACUGGAGUCCCAAUAAUGGAUACCCUGGCUUCCCUCAGCCGACUGGUCCUUCUUACCCGUCAUACCCUCUACCUGCUGAUCUAAGAUACCCUCCGUAUCCUCCGCCUGGUCUCAACCAAGUUCAUUUCCAUGCCGAAUACCACAGCCAUGCCCAGUUCUCGGCAGACCGUGCCUCUUUCCAGCCGUCUGGCACCAGCACUGCUGCCGCCUCGUCUGGCACCGCCUACCGACCCCAGUCGGGCAUGCACUACCCUAGCCAAGGCUACGUCAAGACCGACCGUCAACGCAAUCCUCGUCAGCAGCAGACUGCUCAUUCCGAAGGUGCCAUCUCGCGGCCUAUGAAACAAAUGAGAAAUCUUCCAGACCACCUCAGUGCUUGGCAGUUGACGAAGGACCAGCUCGAGCCGGGCCUGGUUGUGCAGACCAAGGAGAACAAGAAGGGUUGGAGCGGCCACCCUGCGAUCGUGCUAGGCUGGGAUAAGCGUGGAGUCGUCAAAAUCAUCCAGCUUACUGGAUUUGGUGAGACGAACCCGCACAUCAACGAUCGUUUCGGGGGCAUCGACAACCCUUACGUUGUCAGGAGGCUUUCGUCCGCCUAUCUACUGAUUGCAGACCAAGACAACAGUCCCACCCACUUCAACCUGCCCAUCCUAAGACUGGAGGAUGGCAUGUUCAUGCCCAAGAGAUCAUACGUCAACUGUGUCGUGGUCCUCAGGCUACACAUCAACAAGCUCAUGCACUUCAGCCCCAAUCACCAAUUUGAGCGUCGCUGCUUGACCAAGGAGAGCAUUCGGAUUCUACGGGAGCACCGUAAGAGUUUUUCUAGGGCGAUUGAAUGGCAGAGGCAACAGAUCGAGUUGCGCAAACAGAAGGGGGAGUCCUACAGGCUGGUCGACUAUUGA